UAAUUAUAUUAAAUGACGUCACGGAUUCUAUCUACCACCCCGCCCUCUGAUUGGAGGAGGCGUGUUGACGUAGCAACAGUCCGGAAGUUGUCUCUGAGGCCAGACCUGAAAAACUUCCGCCUCAACUAGUAAAGAAAACACAGAAAGCAGCUAAAAGACAAGCGGCCGACGGAGAAACAGAGUCCGUUCAGGAGCCACAGCACAGGUAGACACCUGGACACACCUGACGCACAGACUUCUCGUCACUCUGGAGCUUGUGUGGUUUUGGGAGUGUGUGUGAGUGUGUGUGUGUGUGUGUGUGAGUGUGUGUGAGCUGCAGGUUCCUCCUCACCGUUUCACCACGAGCUGCUCCUCCCUGGAGGAUGACAAUGGAGGAGAUGAAGAAUGAAGCGGAGACAAACUCCAUGGUUUCCAUGACGCUCUACGCCGUGAUGUACCCGGUUUUCAACGAGCUGGAGAGGAUCAACCUAUCAGCAGCUCAGACGCUCAGAGCAGCCUUCAUAAAGGCGGAGAGGGAGAACCCUGGUCUGACUCAGGACAUCAUCAUGAAGAUCCUGGAGAAGAAGAACGUCCAGAUAAACUUCACUGAAUCCCUACUGCGCAUGGCAGCAGACGAUGUGGAAGAAUUCAUGAUUGACCGGACUGAGCAGGAGUUCCUGGACCUGAACGAGAAGGCCAGAGCCCUGAAACACAUCCUCAGCAAGAUCCCUGACGAGAUCAAUGACAGAGUACGCUUCCUACAGACUAUCAAAGACAUAGCGAGCGCCAUUAAAGAGCUCCUGGACACAGUCAACAACGUCAUUAAGAAAUAUCAGUACCAGAAUCGCAGAGCUCUGGAGCACCAGAAAAAGGAGUUUGUGAAAUACUCCAAAAGUUUCAGUGACACCCUCAAAACAUACUUCAAAGACGGAAAGGCGAUAAAUGUCUUCAUCAGUGCAAACCGGCUCAUCCACCAAACCAACCUCAUACUGCAGACCUUUAAAACCGUGGCCUAGUCCUCAGAGUCCCCGAGGUCCCCCCCCCGCCGCCCCCCCCGUCUCCAGGGCAACAGGACGGUGGAAGCCUGAAGAGCGCCUGACCCAUAUAUGUAAAUUAGAAAGAGUUGAUUUUAGGGUUGGGGGUCGACUCUUAUCAGAGUCCAGAUAUUCUAGAUUCCAGUUCAAGAGACUGAAAAGUGCCAUUUGUUUUCUCAAAGAGGAUUUUCCAGUCUUGAAGUGGAACUGAAUGGGCCCAAAGUCUUUGCUUGAUUGAUUUUAUUUGGACCGUUUUAAUUUAUAACCCUGGUCUUGUUGGGGCGUAGGUGAGGCGAGGCCUUUAUUAAAAAGACUAAUUGCCAUUUUUCUAAUAUAUUCAUGUUGAUCAUUCUACUUUUAGCUUCUUCAGAUCACGGCUACACGUGUGGAGGCCGCGUCCAGUAGGGACUGGUCUCGUACUGGUGGUCUGUACUGGUUCUCUCUCUCUUUCUGUCUCAUUUUGCCAUGCGGGGUCUGUAGCAGCAGAGGAGAGGAAGGAGAACGUUUCACAGGCAGACUCUCUCACAUUCUUUUUGUUUCUCUUUUUAUGAUCAGAAGACAGAAAGCCAAAUGACUUCCAGCACAGUGUGCGCCUUACCGAGUCCUGUAACAUUCCCUCCUGUCUGUCAGAGCUGAAGGAGCCAGACACACAGCAACACAGCUCUAUUUAACUCAUAUCUGGUUCUGGCAAAUGUUCAAUAAAUAGUUUCCAAAUGA